CCAUGAUGACAUGCGAGCGAAUGACCCAUCAACAAGUAGAGAAGGUCCUACCAUCUGUCAUCUCGGACACACAACUCUCGUUCAAUCUCAUACGCAGUAACGUGCAUUCUUGACAAGCUCGUUUCGAGUCCAGCAUCAUGCCUCCAGUCAGCAAGAAAGUCCACAUCAACGUAGACUUGGGUGAAGGCUAUGGAAACUUCAAAUGUGGUCCCGAUGAAGAACUCAUCCCCCUCAUCGAUCAUGCCAACAUCGCAUGUGGAUUCCACGCCGGAGACCCUCUAAUCAUGGCCAACACAGUCAAGCUAUGCAAACAACACAACGUCAAAAUCGGUGCCCAUCCAGGCCUCCCCGAUAUUCAAGGUUUUGGCAGACGAGAAAUCAAAAUGUCACCGGAAGAAUUGACCGCAAUGGUGACUUACCAAGUUGGUGCCUUGAAAGGCUUCUUGGAUGUUGAGGGAGUGCAACUUCACCACGUGAAGCCCCAUGGCGUUCUAUACGGUAUGAUGUACAGAGACCGUGAAGUGUGUCGAGCAGUCUAUGCAGGAGUGCCGAAAGGUACACUAGUCUUCGGACUUGCAGGCACUUUACACGAGGAAGUGGCCAAAGAGCUCGGGCUGCCUUUCUGCGCUGAACUUUAUGGAGAUGUCAAAUACUCAAAAGACGGCACUUUGGUGAUUGAUCGUAAGAAAAAGGCGUGGACUCAGGAGGAGACGGCAGCGCACAUCAAGAACCAAUUGGAGAAUUCAUCUGUCACCGCUGUCACGGGUGAGGAGGUCAACUUGCCACUGGGUGACCAUGAGGUCUCCUUGUGCUGUCAUAGCGACUCACCUGGCGCUGUCAACAUUGUGACUGCUGCUAGAAAAAUGGUGGAUGAGUUCAACAAGAAGCAUCACGGCUCUGUUCAUUCGUGAUGUACGUGCAUGUUUCGUGUUUCUCGUGGGUGCGGGCCCUCAGGCCAUGUCAAGAAGUCAUCGGUAUCGACCUCCUUCUAGAAGCUCAUCAAUCUGCCUCACGGCCGUCUUGACGCGUUCUCUUGUAUCGGCGUCAACAUCC